UAACAGUAAAUGGGUUGACGGUAAGAGCGUGUUGUAAUCUAUCUCUAUAGAUAUAUGCGAGAGUCUUCACUGGUUUUCCUCAUUGUUUCGGUGCAGCUCACGGUAGUUUGUCUAGUGUGAAUUAAAGAUACGGACCUUUUACCACUGUGAACAGGUGUAUCUCAAAAAAACAGUGAACCAUGGGUAGCAGAGCAUCAUUUCCGGUCGUGCCAAUUUCCAGUGAUCAAGUCUUCAUAGUAACGGGAGCGAAUACCGGAAUUGGGUAUGAAAUCGCUAAAUGGUGCGCCAUGAUGGGAGCUACUGUAAUCCUAGCUUGCCGGUCAGAGGAUCGAGCCAGAAAAGCCAUGGAAACUAUGCAAGAGGAGUUUAAAACUGAAAAAGCAAAAGGAAUUAAUGGCUUGACUGAAAGUCCGAAUCUUGCAAUUGAAUUCAUGAAACUUGACCUUGCAUCGUUUCAGUCAGUGGUAGAAUUUUGUGAAGAAUUUAAGAAAAGUGGUCGUCUGCUUCAUGUGUUGUUCUGUAACGCUGGUCUUGGAUUUGGUCCACAUAUUAAACAAAGUGGAGACGGACUUGAAAUGAUGUUGCAGGUGAAUUAUCUAAGUCAUUUCAUCAUAAUUGCAAAAUUACUAUCAAUAAUGCGACAGUCUGGACCUGACUGCCGUAUAAUACUGAUGUCCAGUAAAGCUCACAAAUUUGGGAACUUUGACGUCACAACAAUGAAUUAUACGGGCACUGCCGAAAAGUUUCCAGGUCUGGAUUACUACGGACGAUCAAAGCUUUACCAAAUCAUGCAAACAUUUGCAAUGUCACGGCGACUUAAAGAUUCGAACAUUACGAUAAACUGCAUGCAUCCAGGGGUUGUUGAAACGGAGUUUUUUCGUAAGAUGGACUCCUGCAUUCUAAACUGUCAUAUAGGAUUCUCUCGUAGGUGUGGUACUCUGAGGACACCCUUAGAAGGGGCAACUACAGGCAUUGACCUAGCGACCAACCCUAAACGUACAGGCGUAUCGGGACAUUAUUGGAUAGACUGUGAAAUCGUUACGUCAACAACGACGUCACGUAAUGAAGGGAAACAGGAGGCAUUGUGGAAAGCAACGUUUCCCUUUAUAGAACAGUACCUUACAGAAACGGAAAUUGCUGAACUGGAGCGAGAGUGAUUUGCUCUGUGUUUUCUGUAAACAAAUCCUUUGGAAGCAUAGAAUGCAACCAAGCAGAAUAUUAGCAGACUAAGUUUGACUGAGUUUGUUCAUGAGAUGUAAUGAAGUGUGCAACACCUCUUACGCCCCUUAGCACCGGCUUAAGCGGAACUCCACUACACAUCAAUUAAAUGGACACCAUGAUCCCAAAGGAAAUAUUUUCCUAUCAACUUUUUCUUGGUUUUCAACAAUAAUUAUGUUGAAAUAAAUGACGGAAUACAUCCAACUACAUUCAAAGUUUUCGGUGAAUUUAUUUUGCAAGAAAUAUCUUGCGAAUAAUUUUUAGAAAACUAUCGAAGUUGUGAUUAAUUUCAUGCACAUAAAAAUUAUACAACCCUUUAUAUAAUGACGCAAAAGUAAUCUAUAAAUAUUAAAGGAUAUCUAUAAACUCCCAGACGUCCAGGCGUUUAGGUUGUACGAGCGUUUUCUUUUUUUUUUGGAAGAUAUCCGCCAUUUUGAAAAAAAUAUUUCCUUGAAUAUUUACUCUAAAAAUUAUGCAAAAAUGCUAAAUAAUUAUACAUGUAAUAGGACUAAUAAUGUACCAUUUAACUACAAAGAUUCUAUCUUUUUUCACACUUAUUUUUUGCUGGCAUUUGCCUAAAAUUGAUAUAUGUACAACGGGGUAGGGGUAGGUAAUUUCAAAUAUCUAUUAAAGUAGACCAGGUUUGGUUCUAAUAUUUUUCAGACUGAUAUAAAAAAUAAUAAGCUACAACUGAAAUAAAAGUUUAAAACAUAACAUGUUUUAGUAUCUAGGAACUUCAAGUAUGAAUUAAAGGAAAAAGAACUAAGCAUACGAACAAUUUCCAAUUUUAAAGUUAUUUUCUAAAUAUAUUUGUUAGAUGCACGGUGACCCCAACAUUUUGUUUUCCAUUUUUAAGCAUUGAUGUGUGUAUAUAAAGCAGCAAAAUAUUUCUAAAAUCUUAAUAGCAGAAUUGUUUUUGUAUAUGUAAAUACUUUUUUUUUCCACUGAAAAAAUGCUGGCCGUGUAGUUAUGCCAAGGUAAAUUGUCAGUGACAUUUAUGCUUAUCUAAUACUGAUAUCACCUUGUAUUCAUAGUAAGUAACAUGUACGACACGAAAUCCCUAUAACAUUAAGUGGGAUAGUACAUGUUUUAUAAAGUAUUCCCAUUUUUUUCAAUUUUAUUUAAUUUCAGAAAUGCUUAAACAGUAGGUGAAUAAAAUGCCCUUUAGAAUAAAAACAAAUGCGAAGACCUGUGCUUUUUUCCGCCCUUAUUUUUUCUAGAAACUACUGUUUUUUAAGUUCACAGAGUAUGAAAAAAAUCUUAUCUGUAGAUAAAAGUUGAUCCUGCAUUCUUAAGAGAUAUUCUGCGAGCAAAAAUGCUCAAGUCGUUUUUCAAGCCUUUGAGAAAUAAGAAAAUGUUUAAGAUUUUAUGUUUUAAGAUUUUAAUAUCUAAGUUAUUUGAGAUCAAAAUAGCCGCCAAUCAAACACCAGAUGUUGCAUUCUGGCUUGUGGCCACGUAAUAUAUGAAUCAAAACUGCUUUUUUGUUUCUCUGUAAUUUCUUGUAGACAGUUUGCAAUCAUUUCUCAUUUGACAAGGCGGGCAACUGUUGUACAUUUGUUCGAAUGGUAAUUUAGAAAAUCAGCAAAAAAUGUAAAAUUCAAAAGUUAUGUGUCAUAUAUAUUCGUACAAUGUAUGUAUAACAACAAUACAGCAACCAGAGAAUUGUUGGGCUAGUUUUCAUCAAAACUGAUGCUAUCAAGGUUGCCAGGGGAGAUAAGUUUCCAAAUACAUUUGAAAUGGGAAUCAUGCAUACUGUUGAGAUUUAGUCGUCAGUUCAUUAAGCAACAAAAUUUCUGUAGAUUUAUGAUAGUUUAAAUCAUAUCAGAUAGUAAUUUAUUCUCCAGAAGUUACGAAGUGAAGUGCGCAUAUUGUGACUUACUCACAAACGCCAUUGCUCUGCAAAGUGCAUUAUUCUGUGAGAAAUAAGACAGUUCAAGAGCAGCAUUAUGGCUAAAUCUGUUAUAGGUGAUAGUGGUAAAACAAUUAGAAGUGUUGUGUAGAAUUUCUGCAGAGUAAAAAUUGCUAGAAAUGUUCAGCGGCGUCGUUUUCUUUGAUUUAAGUAUCGUACUUGUGUUCAUAACAUGACAUCAGUGUGUGGUAUACUAUACGAGUAUUAAACUGUCGUAUAAUAUUCUUUAGCAGUUACGUAAAUAGUUAAGUAACUUGAAAAUUAUUCAUGUUUAUGAGAAAUUACAUACAUGAUAAAUGACUGGUAUGUAAACUGAUUAUAUAUAUAUUAAAACUGAAACUGAAACUGAAA